AUGGGUUUUGAUCUCUCUUCCCUCAUUGAACCAGUUGUGGGAUUAGAUGUUCUCACUAAGCCUUUUGAGAGGGAGGAAAUGGACUUGAUUGUCAAGCAUAUGCCAGUUGAUAAAGCUCCAGGUCCAGAUGGUUUUAAUGGUCUUUUCUUCAAAAGGUGCUGGCACAUAAUUUCUCAGGAUUUUUAUGAACUGGCCCAGGCUUUCUUUCAGGGUACUGCUCAUCUGGAAAAUAUCAAUGACUCUUACAUAACUCUGGUGCCCAAGAAGCCCUCCCCUGAGGAGGUGGGUGACUUCAGACCUAUCUCUUUAACAGGAAUGGGUCUUAAGUUCUUGUCUAAGAUGGCAGCCAAUAGGUUUCAAGAGCAACUUCUCUCCACAGGUACCUCAUCUGUUCUGCUCAAUGGUGUCCCUGGUAGGAAGUUCAGGUGCAAAAAGGGUGUCAGACAGGGUGAUCCAGUCUCCCCUCUCCUUUUUGUCCUAGCUGCUGAUCUCCUGCAGACUGUAAUUAAUGACAUGUUCAGAAGGGGCAUUCUUCAGUUACCUAUACCUUGUCAUGAUCAGGAUUACCCUGUGAUUCAGUAUACUGAUGACACUCUUAUUAUCUUGCCUGCUGACAAGGACCAUCUCCUAGCUCUCAAGGAUAUGCUCAGGGUCUUCUCUGAGUCCACUGGUCUGGAUGUGAACUAUCACAAAUCCUUUAUUAUUCCCAUCAAUGUGGACACUGUUGUCAUGUCUGAAUUAGCUUCUGCUUUUGGCUGCCAGAUUGGGAAAAUGCCAUUUACCUACCUUGGGUUGCCAGUGGUAACUACAAGGCCUAAAAUGCUGGAUUUUAUGCCAUUGGUUGAUUGCAUGGAGAGGAGAAUGACAGCUAGUUCAUCUUUUCUGAAUCAGGGGGAAAGGCUGCAGUUUCUUAACUCUGCUCUGUCAUCUAUGCCCAUUUUCUUCUUGUGCAGUUUGGCUGUCCCAGCUGGAAUUCUUAAACAAUUGGAAAGAAUCCAGAGACAAUGCCUCUGGAGGAGGAAUAGGGGUCAGCCUGCCCCCUCCCUAGCUGCGUGGGACCUUAUUUGCAGGCCAAAAAACAGGGGAGGUCUUGGUAUUCUCAACCUUGGUUCUCAGAACGUUGCACUUCUGAUCAAACAUGCGAAUAAUUUCCUUAAUAAAAAGGAUCUCCCUUGGGUUUCUUUAAUUUGGGAUACCUACUAUCAUAAUAGGGUCCCCCAGGGAACUUCUGAUUGUGGCUCAUUCUGGUGGAAGGAUAUUUGCAAGGUCAUGCAUCAUUUUAGGGAGUGUGCUUGGGUUCAGAUUAAUGCAGGGAACACUGCCCUCAUGUGGUCAGAUAACUUGCAGUUUGAUGGUCAGGUGUCUAGCCUUCAGCUCAGAUUUCCCAGGCUCUAUUCCUAUGUUAAGGACCCCUGGGUUACUGUUCUGGAGUUCUUGGACUCUCAGGACAUUUUCCAGCAUUUCCACCUUCCUUUGUCCAGCCAGGCUUUUGAUGAACUGACUAUUCUCCAGUCCAUGUUGGGUGGCCUUAUUAGAGCACCUGGGUCCAAGGAUAUCUGGUUUUGGAAGGGCACUGCCAAGGGAUACUCACCAAAGUUGUUUUACACACAUACUUUUGCAUCAGCAUCUUUCAACCCUUUGACAGCUUGGAUCUGGAAGUCCUCUUGUACAAUGAAAAUCAAAGUUUUUGCUUGGAUGCUUAUUAUGGACAGGUUGAACACCAAGGACAUGGUGGAUAGGAGGCAUUGGCAUUUGGAGGAUGGAGUGAACUGUGUCCUUUGUCCUUUGCAGACUAGGGAAACAAGGGAUCAUUUGUUCUUCAAUUGUAACUUUAGUGUCAGAGUUUGGAACUAUCUGCAAAUUGAUUGGUCUUCUGGUGAUUCCAUGGCUCAUUUGGUUCUUAAUGCUAGCAGGAAUUUUAGGAAGCCCUUCUUCACCGAAGUGGUGUUCAUUGCUUGCUGGAAUAUCUGGAUCAUCAGGAAUGAUAAGGUCUUCAGGCAUGAGAGAGCUAGAUUUAAUAAAUGGAGAUAUGCUUUCAUCCAUGACAUCAGCUUAAUGCAAUAUAGGAUGAAAGCUGCCUACAAAGAUGAUCUUCUACGCUGGAUUUCAUUCCUGCCACCUUGA